AUUAUUUUUCUGUGAGAUAGUGUAACCCAAGGCAGUACAAAGACGCUUUUACCAGCUUGGAUUAAGUCUUUGCUGUCUUUCGCCACAUUCAUCGACGACCCUUGACCGGCGCCAAACGUGGCCCCUGAGUGUGCCUCCCGGUUGCUCACGCCGCGCCGCCAUUGCAGAGGGAGACGGUUUCGGACGUUUUAGUCGCGAAGAUUGCCCUGGCUUUUCUUUUUUGCAGGUGUUCAUCGUGUCUCUCGGGGUUUCUUUGGUGAGCUUUGUUUACUUGUGUGGUAUUGUUCGGUGGUGCUUGAUACAGUUUGGGAGGACGUCUGCAACACAUUGCUAGCAUGAAGCGAAGCCUGGAUACCGAGGGGAACAUGGACCCGACGAAGCGCUACCGGUCGCAGGACGUGUCACUUCGUCUGCUCAUCAGCAGCCGGGCGGCCGGCUCGGUGAUUGGGCGCGGCGGCAGCAACAUCAGCCGCCUCCGCGAGCAGAACAGUGCCACUGUAACAAUACCAGACACAAUGGGUCCGGAACGGGUGGUCAACAUCGGCGCCGACCGCGAGACCACGCUGAAGAUCGUCACCGACCUCCUGCCCAACCUCGAUGACUCUCCGGGCCGCGAUCCGGACGCCACGGACGGCGAGGUCCGCUUCCUGGUGCACACCAGCCAGGCGGGCAGCAUCAUUGGCAAGUCGGGCUUCAAGAUCAAGGAGCUGCGCGAGGAGACGGGCACACAGAUCCGCGUCUACACCGAGCCGUGUCCGCAGUCGUCGGACCGCGUGACGCAGAUCUCGGGCCCGCGCGACAGCGUCGUCCAAUGUCUGGGCCGCAUCCUGGCGCUGCUCGACGAGAGUCCGCCCAAGGGUAUGUCGAGCCCGUACGACCCGUCCAACUACGACGAGAUGUUCGCCGCCGAGUACGGCGGGUUCGCCGACGGCCGCAGCCGCUCGGGGCCGCAGGGCGGUAUGGGGCGCGGCUUCCCGGGACCGGGCCGCGGCGGCAUGGCCGGGCCGCGCCCCUUCCAGGCCUCCCCCAUGCGCGGCGGCAUGGGCGGUGGCAUGGGAGGCGGCAUGGGUGCCGGCAUGGGCGCUGGCAUGGGCGGCGCGCGCGGCGGUCUGCCGGCUCGCGGAGGAUUCAUGCGCGGUGGCGGUCGCGGAGGCAUGGGCAUGGGCCUGCCGGGCCAGAUGGGCCAGCUGCCGCCGGGCGGCAUGGACUUCAGCGCGCCGGCCGGCGGCGACAUGCUGACCCUGCUGCAGGGUAACGGCGCCGGCCACGCCGCCGCCGGCGCCGGUGCGGCUGCCGGCGUCGGCGUCGGUGGCGGCGCCACCGAGACGCAGCAGUUCUCCGUGCCCAAGAACGCGGUGGGCGCCAUCAUCGGCAAGGGCGGCUCGCGCAUCCGCCAGAUCCGCGCCGACUCGGGCGCCCAGAUUAACAUUGACGACGCCAAGGAGGGCCAGGCCGAGCGCGUGGUCACCAUCACGGGCACCGCCGACCAGCUGCAGAUGGCCCACUUCCUGCUGCAGAAGAGCGUCCGCGAGAACUCGGACGGCAGGGGCGGCUACUAGGUGCGCUCCGCACUCCAGGCAUUCCCGGCGCACGAGCUGCGCCUGCGCGCGCGGCGGCGCGGCGCCGACCGCCCCUACUCCCCCGGCCGGCGCCCCCACCCCGGAGACGAAGAGAGCCAUCAUAGCGCAUCAUUAGAGAUACGCCCGCAUUUUGUAACAAACGACGUCCGCACAAAUACACCUUCUCGAAAACGCU